GAUGAUCCAGCGUUCUGUAGGACCAGAGCAAUCCUGGAAAGGAGUUCCGAUGUGACUUUACUUCUUUUUUGAUUUUUCGGAUGUGCUGGAGAUGUCCGGCUUUCAGGAUCUUUCGGAUUUUCCUGAGGAGGUCCAGCAGCUUUCAGUCAGUAAAGAAGAGGCUCCCUCAGAGCAGAAAGAAAUGAACUCCAGUCUGGACCUGGAGAUUAGCGAGCCUCUACACAUUAAAGAGGAACCAGAAGAACUGUGGAGCAGUCAGGAGGGAGAGCAGCCUCUAAAACUAAAGGAGACGGAGACUGUCCAGUUCACGUUUCUCCCUGGUGCUAGGGAGAGUGAAGUGGAUGAAGAGAAACCUCAGAACUCACAGCUUCAUCAAAGACAAACAGAAGGAAUGGAAACAGAAGCCAAUAAAGAGGACUGUGGAGGAGCAGACACAGCCAGGGAUUUUGACUCGGUGGGGCAUUCACAGUCAGUGACUGAGGUUAAGAAUGAAGAUAAUUCUGAAGCUGAGACAGAUGACAGUGCUGACUGGGAUGAGACACCAGAACACCAAUCAGGUACAAACUCAGAGGUAAACAUUGAAAAUAAGUUAGCAGAUACCAACAAGAAAUCACACAGCUGCUCUGCGUGUGGGAAAAGAUUCAACCAAAAACAUCAUGUGAAAAAUCACAUGAGAAUUCAUACAGGAGAGAAACCCUUCAACUGCUCUGUAUGCAGCAAAAGAUUCAGCCAAAAGAGUCAUUUGAUAGAUCAUAUGAGAAUUCACACAGGGGAGAAACCCUACAAAUGCUCUGAGUGUGGAAAGAGAUUUAUCCUUAAAGGUCAUCUGACGCAACAUUUAAGAACACAUACAAGAGAGAAACCCUUUGGCUGCCCUGAGUGUGGCAAAAAAUUUACCCAACUAGGAAGUAUGAACAAACACAUGAGAAUCCACUCAGAGGAAAACCCCUUUGGUUGUCCUGAGUGUGGUAAAGGAUUUAGCCAACAGAGUAAUCUCACAGAUCAUAUGAGAACUCACACUGGAGAGAAACCCUUCAGCUGCUCAGAGUGUGGUAAAAGUUUUAACCAAAAAGGUAAUCUGGCCCAGCAUAUGAGGCAUCACACAGGAGAGAAACCCUUCAGCUGUUCUGAGUGUGGUGAAAGAUUUAAUUUCAAAGUUUGUAUGACAGCUCAUAUGGCAAAUCACACUGGAGAGAAACCCUUCAGCUGCUCUUACUGUGAUAAAAGGUUUAACAGAAAGUCUUACCUGACAAUUCACUUGGCAAAUCACAGAGGAGAGAAACCCUUCCACUGCAGUGUUUGUGACCAACGGUUUGCUUGGCGGUCUCAGUUAAGAAUUCACAAAUGUGAUGGUGAUCAAGCUUCAGAGUCUCAUCAAAACCAAGCAACAGAGAGAAGAGAGGCAGAAACAGAAGAUGAUGGAGAGGACUGUGUUGGAUCAGAAGCAGCCAAGAACCCAGAUCCAGAGAGACAUUUACAACCAGAGACUGAGGUCACGAUUGAGGAGUCUUCUGCACCUGACACUGAAGAUACUGAUGAUUUGGAGUACACAAGAAAACAUUAG